AGCUCACUGAUUUUUCUGCUGGAUUAGAAUUCAGUUGUCUCUGCCCGUUUCGAAGAUGCUCGCUGGUUUUCGCAUUGUAAUGGUGAGUUUCCUACAACUGCACGUGAGUUUUCCAAAAGUCUCUAGGUAAGGGAACAAUCACACAGACAAAGUGUCUUGGCGUACUUAUGCCGCGCAAGUUUCUGUCCACGGUGGUUCCCUCCGCGACCUUCAAUCUGGAGGAGUAUAAGUCUUUCAAGCUGGACUCAUUGCCACCAGCACAAACACUGUGUAGCCGUGAGGACGCGCUAGCUUAUCUGGAAACUUUGCAGCGAAUUCGACGGAUGGAGACGGCGUGUAGCAAUAUGUACAAGGAAAAGAAAAUCAGAGGAUUUUGUCACCUCUACUCUGGUCAGGAAGCUGUUGUUGUCGGUAUAGAGGCUGCGCUGAAACCAGGCGACACAAUCAUCACGGCCUACCGUUGUCACGGUUUUACUCAUACUCGUGGGGUGUCCGUAAAGUCCAUCUUUGCUGAAUUGCUCGGACGAAAGACUGGUUGCUCAGCCGGUGUUGGUGGCAGUAUGCACCUAUAUCACAAGGACUUUUACGGCGGCAAUGGGAUCGUAGGAGCUCAGGUCCCCCUUGGAGUGGGAAUCGGACUACGGAUGAAAUAUCGAGGUGAUCCAAACAUUUCCGUGACUCUGUACGGUGAUGGAGCUGCCAAUCAGGGCCAGGUGUUCGAAGCGUACAACAUGGCGAAACUGUGGAAUCUGCCAGUGGUGUUCAUAUGCGAAAACAACAAGUAUGGUAUGGGAACUGCCGCUAAUCGGGCCUCCGCAAACACGGCCUACUACACUCGUGGGGACUACAUACCAGGCUUAUGGGUUGACGGUAUGGACGUACUCACUGUUCGCGAGGCGAUGCGUUUUGCCCGAGACUGGUGCAUGUCGGGCAAAGGACCACUGCUCCUGGAAACUGAGACUUAUCGUUACCAUGGUCACAGUAUGAGCGAUCCAGGGACUAGUUACCGGACCCGGGAAGAAGUCCAGUCCGUCCGGAGUGGUCGGGACCCCAUCCUUUUGUUUCAAAAGCGUUGCAUCGAGGCCAAUCUGUUCACUCAGGACGAGGCAAAGAAUUUGGAGAAGCGCGUUCGCCAAGAAGUCGAGAAGGAUGCUGAGGAUUGUAUGAACGAUCCGGAGCCCGAUUUGGACGAUCGAUUUCUACAUGUUUACUCGAAAGCCCCUCCACAAUUUGAAGUUCGUGGAUGUGACCCACUUACUUAUUUCAAACCAAAUUAAGUUAUCAGCAGGUACCCCACCCCCCACCCCGGACAAUUGUUUUCCCAACUCAGGCUCCCGUAGGUGAUCAGGAUGAUCUGAUAGUGUAAUUGUUGUCUUUUACCGUUGUCUGCUGGAGUCGGAACUCCGUCUUCUCGCCUGCUAUAGGACGAACGUGGUUGCGCAUUUAAUAU